AUGGCGACAGCUUACAAGAUUCACGUCUCCAAGACCAACACGGGCCUCCUCACAUUUGAUCAGCCUGAGCCUACGGCGGCCAGAACGACAGAGCUGCUUCAGUCAGAUCUCGAGAACCACCACGUCUUCUUUAAUCAAUCAGGGUAUCACAAUCAUAUUGUGCACCAUCUCCUCGCCCUCUACGGCACGGGCGCACCCCCCGACUCACUCAACAGGGCCUAUGAGACCAACACGUCGUACCAGCGUGCCGCCCGGCCGAUACACCCCGCCCUUGCUGAUGCCCUCGCAACCUCUUGGUCUGAGACGGCCCCGCGCCUCCUCGGGAAAGAGGCCUACUAUCCAGACUUUCUGCUCUUCUUCCAGCGUGAGCUCGAAUCCCGCGGCAUCGGUCCCGUCCUGAAGGAAUUCAUCUUUGCAAAGGACGAGCGCGCAGAAGAUCUCUUGCAGCGGCUCUUCGCCGGGUUCCUCCAUCCCCUCAUCCAGCUCAUGUACGGCAUUGAGUGGGAGCAGCCCGCCAUUGUUGCCGAGGGGCUUGCCCAGGCUGCUGUGCACAAAAAUCAGCUUGGCCCCUUCCUCAAGGAGACGGAAGAGGGCGCGGCUGGCGACAUGCCCUCGAUCCAAGAACUGCAUGAAGCCAUUGCGAAGAAUGAAAAGUUGCGGAACGCCGCGCGGCCUGGGGACGACAACAAGGUCUACGAUGGCGUGCUCAUCAGAGCACCGGAGGAGAUGAAGGCGAUUGCGAAGCGGGUCAAGAUCAAGACCGACGAGCUUGAUGAGAGGACGGCUGAAAUGUUCGAGACUGCGUUUUGGGUUGCCGCUGGCGCGGCGCUGAGGAAGGGCAAGGAUGCGAAAUGGGACUUCUUCCUCAUCCACCACACGAACGCGGCCCCCUUCUUUGUGGCGUUGAACAAGACCGACUGGAUCUCAGUCGAGGACAAAGUGCGCAUCCUCGAGUACAAAAUCCGCCUCGACCUCGUGCAGAAUGCCGCCAGAGGCACUCCCGAGAUCCGCUUUGAUGCUAUCGCGGCAUACAGACCCAAGGAUCUCGACCGUGGAAAGGCACUCAUGGCACGACCUGAAGACCUGCUGCCGCGCUUCCACGCCAUCGACGAUGACGGCCACACCGUCAAGGUCGCUCGCUCCCUCGCGGUGUGUCGGGAGCUGUGUGAGCCGUAUGCCGAUCGGCCCUGGAGGAAGGUAAAGAGUGAUGAUAUUUGGCUCAAAAUGCACUAUACGCUGCUGGAUGGCACAGAGGGCGGAGAAGAGGAAGGCGGUCGAUGGGUGCGCGCCGCCGGCUUUGACGAAAGCUGGGAGGAUGUCCCCAACCGGUCGUGA